ACCUAAGUACCGUUUUCACACCGAGUGCCACGUACUGCCAGCUGGUCUGCACACACCACCCACGCUGCUUGCUCUUCACGUUCAUGACUGAGUCAUCUUCUGACGAUCCUACCAAAUGGUUUGCCUGCAUCCUGAAGGACAGUCUCACAGAAACAUUGCCGAUGGUACACGUGACAGGAGCGGUUUCUGGAUAUUCCUUCAAGCAGUGCCCUCAGCAAUUAAGUGCUUGCAGCAAAAAUGUGUACGUGAACCUGGACAUGAAGGGCAUGAACUAUAACAGUUCUGCUGUGAAGAAUGCUCGCGAAUGCCAGGAGAGAUGCACCAAUGAUGCCCACUGCCAGUUUUUCACAUACGCAACGGGGCAUUUUCCCAGUGUGGACCAUCGUAAAAUGUGUCUUUUGAAGUACACCCAAACGGGGAUGCCAACCUCAAUAACAAAGCUCGACAGUGUGGUAUCUGGAUUUUCACUGAAGUCCUGUGGGCUUUCGAACCUGGCUUGUAUCAGGGACAUUUUCCCGAACACCGUGCUUGCAGACCUUAACAUUGACAGCGUGUUGGCCCCAGAUGCUUUUGUCUGUCGUCGCAUUUGCACGCAUCACCCCACGUGCCUGUUUUUUACAUUCUUUACCCAAGCGUGGCCAAAAGAAUCUCAGAGACAUCUUUGCCUCCUUAAAACAUCUGAAAGCGGAUUUCCAAGCACACGCAUCACAAAGAGCAACGCCCUUUCCGGGUUCAGUCUCCAGCACUGCAGGCACAGCGUCCCAGUAUUCUGUCAUCCGAACUUUUACAACGACACUGAUUUCUUGGGAGAAGAACUGGACAUCGUCGAUGUGAAAGGCAAAGAAUCCUGCCAGAAAAUGUGCUCCGAUAACGUCCGCUGCCAGUUCUUUACCUAUUAUCCCUCUCGAGGAUCUUGCAGUGAGAGGAAGGGCAGAUGUUACUUAAAGCUUUCUUCAAACGGAUCUCCAACUAGAAUACUUCAUGGGAGGGGAGGCAUCUCUGGAUACACGCUGAGGCUGUGCAAAAUGGAUAAUGUGUGCACAACCAAAAUCAGGCCCAGGGUGUUCGGAGGAGCUGCGUCUGUUCACGGCGAGUGGCCAUGGCAGGUGACCCUGCACACCACCCAGGGACACCUGUGUGGAGGCUCCAUCAUUGGAAACCAGUGGAUAUUGACAGCAGCUCAUUGUUUCUCUGGACACACCUAAAACUCUGCGUGUCUACGGUG